AUGGUUUUUCCUAAAGUUUACUUCUUCAGUGCGUUGCUUGCCGGAGUAGUCGGUGGUAUCCUCACAAUGCUGACUUUGAAGAUUUUAGAGGCCGGGCCGAGAGAGCAGACAAGAGUGGAGGUUGAGAACGGACGAGAAACAGGAGAAGGACAAAUAAGGAUCGGAGUUCAGGAAUCUACAAAACUGGAACAAGAACAUGAUGAGAGGUGUUGCUAAUAAUGGUUAGCUCUUUAUUUAUGUAUUUAUGUAUUUUUUUUUAUUAUUUAUUAUCAUUAAGUUGUGGCGAAAAUCGUAGUUCAGGUAGGACGGGGCAGUGUGGGUUAGCCAAGGAAAAAGCGGGAAUGACUUGCUCGUUUAAUAAUAGCACCGUUGUAUAUAUUCCUUAGUGUCGAGUUAAAUGAACAUAAGUGUGAUAUCAGUUUUAUUAUGAAGGACCCUCCAGAGUUUAGAUUAACAAUGUUCUUAAGUUUUUAUCGCACGUAGGAGUCCUUGUUCCUUAGGCAACUGUAGACCAUGCCUGCCUUAUUACCACAGACGUGCGUUCUUUUUGCACAUGUUUUUGCCCAAACAUAAAAAAAACGUUAAGUUAUCUUCUUAUCUAAAAACCUCGUCAAAAAGACAAGCUCAUAGGCGGGCUUUUACUGUGGGAAAAAUUUCCUGAAACCUAGUAUAUUUCCUUUUCAAAAAGUUAUGGUGCAGAGUUUUUGUAUGGACUAAGGUCAGCUGGAUAUGAGGGUUACUUUUAUUAAUCACCUGAUGCGUCACGAGAUUCGACCAAUCAGAAUGCGAUAUUAGUAGAGUGAUUUUCGCGCUUGGAAAGAGCCGUUUUAGGGGAAUAUAUAGUGAAAUUUUCGCUUUAUUCCCAAGCUUGUGUAGGUAAUUUUGAAAGCAUACCGCCGUGGAAAGUUGUUGGAACACUUUAUCUUGAUAGUAGUUACGUUGCUUUGAAAUAUUUUGCCUUUUGAGCGUUUGAGGCAAGUUUGAAUUGCACGGUAAUGUGCAAGCCGCCAUGAUGAUUUGAGUGUUAUUUUCGCCGUUCUUCUUGAAUUCAUUGCUGGUUACUAUUAGCGGUUUUAUGGGAUUAUUUUGGUCAUCUUGUUACUUCAACCUUUCUUCUUUGUAAAUUUCGGGGUUUUACCCGGGUCUACCCCUGUUAGUUUUCCCGUUCUAAGGCGUUAAAAGUGUCUUGGAAUAAAGAGAUGGUCUUAACCAAGUAGCCCAACACCCGGGAAACGGGUUAAGAAAACAUGCCGAAGCGGAAGCCAAAGUGAAGCGAGUGACGCCAAAUCCAGGAAGAGUUUGUUCCAGUUUAAACCAGAAAAGUUAA